AUGUGGUAUUUGUCGUUGGUUCUACUGGGCCUAGUGGUUGUGAGCAGGGCGGAUACCCUAGUCCAGCUCCAUGUGAAUCGUCCUUAUAACGAUGUGAAUGAAAAGUUUGUGAGUUUCGCCGUCCGUCCGGAGGAUCUAUACGAUGCCCUGGAUGGUAAAAAUCGCAAGGCUGUUACCAAUUUAGCCAAUCUCCUGGGUGAUUCCCACAUCAAAUUCGUGGGUGAUUUCUACUUCGCCACCAAUGCACCAACUAGGCUGCGAAACCCCACCAAAAUUAUCUGGAAGGGGUUUAAUCGUUGGACGCAAGCCGUAAACUGGACCAUGAUAAUUCCGGUUCCUUAUGCCCCAGAUGAGUGGGACUCCAUGCACACACUAAAGAUCCUAAACACCUCUUAUAUGGUGGGCAUCACAGAUUGCAUAUGGCAAUUGGGCACAGAUUUUGGAACCUCAAGGGCCAAGGACUAUGUCCAGGAACUCCGAACCCUGAAACUGAUGACGGAUACUUUUAAGCCAUAUGUGGAUGACUGGCGAUUGAUGGGGGCGGACAUUUCAGCAGGAAGUAGUGCAGAUGAAACAAAGAAAUAUGUGGAUAUGUCCAAGGAUUUGAAUACAGCUUUUGGUUGGACACAGCCAGCAAACAUGCUACCCAAGUCCAGUUUGGGAAGCUACCUGUACGACAGCGAUCCAGCCCUGCGUAUUCUUCAGCAGCAACGUGUUCCCUUGUGGCUGACUUUGCCGGAGGAGCGAUCCUCGCAGAGAUUGGUUGGCGAUGAGACUACAGAUGCCUUGCGGUGGGCCCAAACUAUGGGAGAUGCGGCCACUAGUGGAUUUGAUACGAUCUUCAAGCGCAUGUCCUUGUUGGACUUUGAGCAACCCAACUUCAGUUUGUAUGUUACUGCUCUGUUCAAGAAGGUCAUGGGAUCGAGGGUGUUCCCAGCACGACCUCUGAAUGUCUAUGCUCCGAGCAACAAGCUGUAUACUCACUGUGCGAACGCCGUUUCUGGAGGAUUGGCCUUUAUGGUAGUCAACACCGAAGAGCAACCCACAACGAUUACGGUGAAGAGCGCCAAUCACUUGAGCAGCAGUGAGAUCUGGCAGUAUGUACUAACUGGUCUGGAUCAAAGGGUCCAGCUGAAUAAUGUCCGUUUGCACCUGAAUGCCACUUUGCGUCCUCUUAUCAAACCCAUUGAUCCUACUAAGCCACUACAACUGAUCACGCCCAGCAUGUCAGUGAGUUUUUGGGUCCUUCCCGAUGUCAAUCUGGAACAUUGUCAAUUCACGGAGAUGGAGGCGGGUGAUUCAAGUGGGGAAUCUUCAAAGGAGAAACGCAAAUCAUCUAGAUAUAGUUCCGCCGAUCGGUUACUCCAGCGGUUGAUCGAGGAAACUGCGGUAGCCAGGGGAUCGGUACAGAGUUCCAUAAAUCGUAAUCGACGAUUUGUCAUUGAUAAGGAGGAAACUCCAGAAACCCUUCUCGAUCGCCUGCUGCAGCAUUUCAAGGAUGACACUCCAGCGAAACGAAAGUCGGGCGAAGAAAAGGACAAGUCCAAAUCACAUUCUGUGAAACCUCAUAAAGCUUUGGCCUGGUUGUAUCAGGUCCUCGAGCAAACCCGUGACAUGGGCAAAAAUCGAUCCAGACGCAGUACUUCCGGCUAUUCGGGACCCUUUUUCUACAAUCGUCAGGGUAAGAAAACUGCACUGACCAAGAAGAUUACGGAGAUCCGUAAACCUGAAAGGAAAAACAAGCCACUUUUCGACUUUGACGAAUUUGAUGAAGAGAAGUUCUUCAAGCGCAUCGGAGAGAAAUCAGAGGAGACUCCAACCUAUACACGUCUUCCGGAAGGUGAUGUCCAUUUGAAGCAUAUAGAGAGUGUAGAUGGCGAAGAGAAUGAACAGGAAGCUGAGCCAGAAGUCCCUAAGAGGCGUAGAACCAAGACUAAAAACCAAUUGAAGAUCAUUCCAAGGUCUGUGGAAAAGGACGAUGCACAGGAGCAGGAACCAGAUCAAACCGAAGGUCGUGGCAAAUUGCGACUUCUGCCCACAGAAUUCUUUGAGGCUCUUCCGGCUCCUAAGCAGAACAAGCGAUUGAACCUGGGUGCCACUUUGAACUCCCUGCUCUUUCCAGAACCCUUCUCCAGCAAGGCCACCAUGGCCAAAGUUGCUGCAAUCAAACCAAAACCUGCUGAAGAGCCCGAAGAGGAUGUGGAACCUGUACCAAGUGCCAGAAGACGUCAUUCCAGGAUAGGCCAUGUAGCCAAUGAUUUUUUGCAGGCCCAACAAGAGCUGGGAAAGCAUUUCCUUAGUCAUAUCAACGAGCAUGAACAUGAGUUUUCCCUAGGAGAUGAGGGCAUGCGUGAGGGUUCACUGGAGACAGAAAAUUCUGGAAAGAAACCUCUCACACAGGACCUUUUUGGAACGAAGAAACCAACGCCAGCUCUGCAUCAGAAACUUCCUCAGAAACUGGAUGAAGGAAUUACCUCUUGGUGGGAUCUUCCAGCAAUGCGAAGGCGUCGUGCCCUACAAAACUCCAUCGAUGAGCUCCCCUCCAACUCCAUCGACAAGGGAGAUCGCGACGAGAUGAUGCCCCUGGGAAGGUAUACCUUCUACGAGUACAAGGUGGAGCAGGAUGCAGAGAAGGAUGUCAGCCAACCCAAAGAGGAGAAGGAAUCUAAAAUAAUGAAGAUCAGCAGCAAGUCACAGAAUUCUAGUAAGGAUCGUAGUCUGACAUCCCUUUCGGAAAGUCUCGUUAGCACUGUAAAAUCGAAGGUCUCUCGUUUUUUAACAUCAUCUCCAACCACAUGAACGAGUGGUACAACACCUUAACCAAGCACUUGGAAACGGAUAUGGAAACCCAAAGACCCCGCAGACAAAACAACAUCGAAAAGUAAAAAUAUUUAGCUCAUGGCAAUCAACUAAAUUGUGUAUUAAGCAUUAAAACCUAAUGUAAAUAUGUAUUUAUGUAUAAUAGAAUUAUUAAUGCAGUUGAUGGUAUAUUAUUUGAGUGAUAACUCUAAGGGAAUUAUCUCUUUGAAAUAAAAACACAGGACUUAGACAACGAACUAGAUGGGCUUAGACUAAGCUUUUGCUAGAUUGUUGAGCUUUCUCAAUUGUACCUAUUCUAUGUCAGAUAUAUUAAAUAAAAUGAAAUAUAAAAUAA